AUGAAACUCGACCCUUCAAAACUCACCGCCUUCUUGGCCGCCAACUCAACAGGCGUCGGCGUUUUAGUUGUCCCCGGUGGUGGCUAUAGCGUUCUCGCCAACGGUCACGAAGGACGAGAACCAGCUGAAUAUCUCAACACCCUCGGCAUCGACGCCUGGAUGCUCGAAUACUCAACAGCAAGCACCAUGUCUCCACCACUCUACCCCAAGCCCAUGGAUGAGGCCCUCGGCGCACUGGAUCUCAUCCGCCAACAAGCCCCGAAUCUGAAGAAACUCGGUAUCUGGGGCUUUUCGGCUGGUGGUCACCUUGCUGGAACAACAGCCACUACUCCCGGCACUAACCUCGACUUUGCUAUCCUGGGAUAUCCCGUUAUCACUCUCGAGGACGAUUACACUCAUGAAAACUCGCGAUACAACCUCCUGGGUAAUAAACCUACCAAGAAGCAGAUCAAGGAGCUUUCAGUGCAAAACAGAGUGAACGACAAGACACCUCCUACGUUGCUUUUCCACACUUCGAAUGAUGAUCUUGUUCCGGUUCAGAACACCUAUUUGUAUGCUCAGGCCAUGGCGAAGCAUGGGAGAAAGGUUCAGCUUGUCGUUCUUCCCGAUGGAAAGCAUGGAGUUGGUUUGGCGCAGAAUGAUCCUGUUAGAGACUGGACUUCGGAGCUGGAGCGAUUUCUUAAAUAUUCGAUCUAA